AUGCUGGACAAGGCCACCCUGCUCCUGUUCCUGCAUUUGGUCGCAUGCUCCAUCUCCUCUCCCCUCCACCCAGCUCUCAGGUCCAGCCCAGGGCCAGCUGCUGGCAAGGCUGUGAACUUCCAGCUACAGCACAGCAGCCCACUGCAGAGCCACAACCCCUCGGCAGAGGAACAGGAGGAGGAUGGGUUGUUAAUGGACCCCACUGAGGAAAGGAUGCCACGCCACGCCGAUGCCAUAUUCACCGACAACUACCGCAAGUUCCUGGGGCAGGUUUCCGCCCGCAAGUUCUUGCAGACCAUCAUUGGCAAGAGGCUGGGCAGCAGUGAGAGCAGCCCAGAAGGGGUGCCCGGGGUCCUGACGAGGCGCCAGUCGGGCAGCAUCCUGCUGGACAGUGGCUACCACCAGCACUUGGUACUGAGGGACUUCCUGGGAGCCCUCCUGCAGAACCAAAGGCCUCAGGACAUCAACAGCAGUCGGUUAGGUGGCUUCCCCAGCACCCUGGCAAAGCUCAU